CAAUGCAGUUAGCUGAUGGCACCACGGUAUAUGAAGGACGUCUUGAGAUUUGGUUUAAUGAUAGAUGGGCGAAUGUCUGCGGAAAUGGCUGGGAUAUACAAGAUGCAGAUGUUGUUUGCAAAGAGCUGGGCUAUGAUGGUGCAGCAGAGGCUUUCGAUAACAGUGAUAUUUUUGGCGAAGGAACUGGUUCAAUCAUUCUGGAGAAUGUUGAGUGUCUGGGAACUGAGUCUUCCCUAACACAAUGCCUAAACCAAGGUUGGGGAGUUCACAAUUGUACUCACUCCAGGGAUGCUGGCGUCAGAUGCAUUGAACCUAGUCAACUGCGACGGAACGUUUCUGCUGAAAGUCUACCUUCAGGGACGACCCGGCUAGUUAAUGGAGCAACUAAUAAAGAAGGAAGACUUGAAGUGUAUUACUCAAGUUCAUGGGGAACAGUUUGUGAUGAUAGUUGGACCGCUGCUAACUCCGAUGUUGCGUGCAGACAACUGGGGUUUGCAGGAAGCUCAGCGUUUUAUAGUAACGCCCACUUUGGCCAAGGAUCCGGAAACAUAUGGCUGGAUAACGUAGGAUGUACUGGAAGUGAAAACAGUAUAUCAGAAUGUAGUCAUAAUGGUUGGGGUGUUCACAAUUGUAAUCACGGAGAGGACAUUGGUAUAUUGUGCUAUGGAAAUUCAGUGACGAUGCGGCUAGUUAAUGGAGCAACUAAUGGAGAAGGAAGACUUGAAGUGUAUUACUCAAGUGCAUGGGGGACAGUUUGUGAUGAUGGUUGGACCGCUGCUAACUCCGAUGUUGCGUGCAGACAACUGGGGUUUGCAGGAAGCUCAGCGUUUUAUGGUAACGCCCACUUUGGCCAAGGAUCCGGAAACAUAUGGCUGGAUAACGUAGGAUGUACUGGAAGUGAAAACACUAUAUCAGAAUGUAGUCAUAAUGGUUGGGGUGUUCACAAUUGUAAUCACGGAGAGGACAUUGGUAUAGUGUGCUAUGGGGCGAUCCGGCUAGUUAAUGGAGCAACUAAUAAAGAAGGAAGACUUGAAGUGUAUUACUCAAGUGCAUGGGGAACCGUUUGUGAUGAUAGUUGGACCGCUGUUAACUCCGAUGUUGCGUGCAGACAACUCGGGUUUGCAGGAAGCUCAGCGUUUUAUGGUUCGGCCCACUUUGGCCAAGGAUCCGGAAACAUAUGGCUGGAUAACGUAGGAUGUACUGGAAGUGAAAACACUAUAUCAGAAUGUAGUCAUAAUGGUUGGGGUGUUCACAAUUGUAAUCACGGAGAGGACAUUGGUAUAGUGUGCUAUGGUAAGUAA